UGCUGCGAUUUGAACCUCUGUGACUGUGUGAACUUUUGUAUUUUUUGAGUUAAGAACAGUGAAGAUGAGGGCAUUUCCAGCGGAUUGGAAAGUUAUUUGUGUAAUAUUUUGGUGUUUAAAUUUGACAGGCAGAGUUUUUGGACACGGAGUGAAUGAAAAUUUGGUAUUUAGGGUGCUGAAACCAAGCCACAUUGCUUAUGAUUUCACCAUCAGGCCUGCCAAGAACUUUGGAGGAAUAUUUAAUUUCUUCUACAAUGGAAUUCAGCUGGUUGCUGCUGAUCCUAUAGAAGCGUGUGGAGAGAUCCAGAAUGCAGAGGAAACCAGAGGAGCUGUCGCUCUUGUAAAACGAGGGGAGUGCUCAUUUUUAUCCAAAAGUAUUGUCGCCGACAGAGCUGGUGCAUUGAUGCUGAUUAUCUUUGAUUCUGAUGAGAAAAAUGAUUACAGAUUCAUCGACAUGAUUGACGAUGAUACAAAACGGUCUACGAGUAUUCCUGUGGCUUUCAUGCAGGGAAGAGAUGGAAAUAUGCUUGAACAUUACCUCAUGGAACACAAGGGUCCCAUUGAGAUAGCCAUUCCAGUCAACACAACCGGCAUUCCAUACUCACACCUUCACAGGCCUCCGUGGACGCUCUGGUAACAAAACAGAUCCGAUUGCUUCCAAAAAUGGGCUUUCAUGUUUCAACCUCAGAGAUUCUUUAUGUAGAAAUUAUAUGUGAACUUUUUCUUAUCUAGUUGAAGUAUUGGAAGAUGGCUAUGUCUCUGUAAGAGUAGUUCACCAGAAAAGUGACCUUUGACCUUGUAACUCAUACAAAGUUGUGUGAAUAGAGAUCAGAAGAAAUUAUGCAAGAUGAAAUGCUUCCAAAUAUGUUCUGCUUUAAUUUUUAAUUUUCGUAGACUGCCCAUACAGGGUGAUAUGUGUUAAAUGUUUCAUUUCAUGUGGGUUGUUGCACUCUUUUUACCUGGCUCCUUAAGGUUGUGUCUCCAUCUUUAUUUUAUGGUGUCCUGUAAAGGCCAAUGUAACAGUUGUUAGUCAGACAUUGAAUAUGUUUGCAAAGCAAAACAAAACAAACUGAAAAUACCUUUAGAAAUCAUCUGAAAGACUAAAUAUCAGGCCUUCUUUGCAUAAUCCAUUUCACCGUCUGUAUCUCGAAAGGCAUCAAUAGUUAAUUCUGUAAUACAUGUAGAAGAGAUUGUAAAUAACAAAAAAAUAGAAGAUGACCUUAUAAAACUAAAAGAUAAAUCCCUUGAAAUUGAUUGUCGUCCCAAGUGCUACAUUAUAAAAUACAUUUUCAGCGUUGAUUAUUACAAUCUCUUUAUGUCAGCUGAAUAAGUGCAAUAUCAUAUUGGAAUGGAUUUUGUAUAGGAGUUCAUAAAUCUCUCAAUGUAAACCCCCCCCCCAAAAAAAAAAGGGGGGGGGGAAUGGAGGGAAAAGACUCUCCAUUAAUUCUCAUCGUUUAAACAUACUUCUCUGUAAAGAUUUAGUUUUUCUGUUAAAGAGUAAAGAUUAUCUUGUCAGUAAAGAUUAUCUUAUCAGUAAAGAAUUGUUCUGAGUGAUAAUUGCUGAGCCUGUGCUCAAUCUCAAUUAUCACUGAGCUUUGAAAACCCUCAAAAUUUAAUGUUCUCUGUAAAAAGUAUGUAAAUUAUAGGUCGUCACUUGGCCUGUGGCACAGAGGGUAACCAAAAAUUGAUAAAUAGGGGCUGAGCCCCGCCCCCCUCCCCUGAAUUGGUGGUGGUGGUUGUUAGGGGGGGGGGGGCUGUGUUGUUUGUCUCUUUGAACAUCCUGUCUUUCUGAAAUGUUGUAGAUUGUUUGAUUUGUUAAGUUUACCAGCCUACAUUAAUAGACAUUUUGAAGAAUGAUUAAAUGUUUAUGUUAUUGCACUUAUGUUGGGAAUUUGAGCCAGAAUGAGGAUAUGUAUUUUAAAACAACCUCAAUCUUUUCAUCCACCCUCAACUCGGCUGUGGAUUGUUCAUGUGCCUUGAAUAUUAAAGCAAUAUGAUUAGGAUGACUGCAUAUUAGAGACGAAAUGAAGUGUGAAAAAUAAAGGAAUAAAGAAUUGGUUAAGGGGUAGAUAUAUUUUUGGUGCACAUUUCCUACAUUAUAACUGCUUGUAAUACAUGAUAGAAUAAGUUUUGCUUUAUUUUGUUCUGCUUCAUGUGCAUUAAUCUUUUCUAUUCUUUACCUUUUACGCAGAUGAAUUGCUCAUUUAAAGUAAACAUUUCACGCUUAUGUUUUUCUUUCUUCAUUCUUCCAUAAUUUUACAAAUGUUGAAUAUAUUUGUUCCAUUUGUUCAUUUGUGAUAUAAAUCAAUAUCUUUAUAUUCCAUUUUAUUUAAAUUUUACUUUCAGUAUUUCUUUGUCGUCUGCAGUUCAACAACAGGAAUAUGGGGUUUAAAUUCUAUUCUAUUUGUAUAUCGGUGAAAUUUGUACAAAAUAAAAGGUUGAUUUCAUACUUGAAAAGGAUUCUUUUCUGUGAGUUCUAUGUGAAUAUUGCAUAGAUUAUAUCGAUCCAAUGUCUUCCAGUUUUCAAAAGUGUGUUUGAGAUACAAUGGUUCUUUUAUUUAAGUUGGAUUUAAUAGGAAAAUAAAUGUUUGAAUUUACGUAAGUGUCAUAAAUUCAGCUUCAGUUUUGUUUGUUAUUCAGGCCUGUUAGAAAGUUUGUCUCAAGUAAGUUUUCAAAUUUCAUGUGGUUUGUUAAUGGAAAUCUUAUUACUUUGUUAAAAUGGUUUAAAGCUUAUGUAUGGUAAUUGCAUACAAUUUUACCAGCUCAUGUGUCAUUUUAUUUUAUAAUUAUGCAGCGGUUGCAAAAGAAUUACAGAAGUUUAUUAAUUGUUUUGUUCUGUUAAACAAUUACUCAGGUAGAUGGAAAAAAAAAGAGUUUAAAGUAAUUCAUCUUGUAUUUUCUUGUUCCAUUUUUCUAAUUCAAAAGUACUUAAAAACAUCAUUGUUUCCCAACAUGAAUGCUAUUUGUAUGUUAAACUUCUUCUUCAAUUUUGAAAUAAUCCUCACAUUCUUUGACUUUUUAGAAAGAGUUCAAUGAUAUGAUACUGCAAUAAAAUGCUACUUCAAUAAAGUGCCAUGACAUUUUGAUUUUUAAA